AUGUUGGAAGCACGACUUCAGAACGCGGUGGUACUCAAGCGGGUCUUUGAGGCCAUGACGUGUCUCGUGAGCGAAGUAAAUCUGGAUUGUGAUGAAACCGGCCUAAAACUACAGUCCAUGGACCAGUCUCAUGUGGCGCUGGUUUCCCUGAAGCUCGAGGACGUUGGCUUUCUACACUACCGCUGCGACAGGCCGAGAUCGCUUGGGCUUAACAUGGCUUCGGUGGUGAAGGUAUUCAAAUUGUGCAGCGGACAAGACACAGUGUCUGUCCAGAAUGAGGAUGAAGGAGACUCGAUUACUUUCGUUUUCGAAAACAACGCGGAAGAGAAAACGUCCACAUUUAGCCUGUGUUUGAUGGGAAUAGAGCAAGAAUCCUUGGGCGUGCCUGACGAGGAGGAAAGCGAUGUGGUGAUCACCUUCAGCGCGAAAGAGUUUGCCUCCGUUGUGAAUAAUCUAAAAGAGUUCAGUGAUUCCGUGCGGAUUGAUGUGGAUAAGAAUGGUGUAAAAUUCAUUACAAAUGGAGACAUUGGAAGGGGACAGAUCGUACUGAAACCCAGAGAGGGUAACUCAGAUGAUGAUCUUGAUGUAGGGGUGGAUAUCAAGGUCAACCAUCCCGUGAGCCAGACGUACGCGGUGAAGUACUUGGUGUUUUUCUCAAAGGCUGCAUCUCUAAGCAAUUCCUGCACGCUCUCUCUAACGGCUCAUCGACCUAUUGCUGUCAAGUUUGACAUAUUGGACCCUAUUCAAGGGGAAAGCCGCAGCUCGGCCCCUAAAUUAGGACACUUCAAGUUCUACUUGGCUCCCAAGAUGGACGACGAGGAGGUUGACAACAUGGCUGCAGAUGACAUGCAGGCCGAGGAACCUAAGGCAGAAGGGCAAGUCAAGCCGGAAGAAGAUAGAGAGGAAUAA